AUGGCAAUUAAAACGUUUGCCUUUUCUGAACAAUUAAAGAAUCCCCCCUACGACGUUCUAACGUUAAGACCUGACGGGAACUACUCCCACAAAGGCACCGGACCAACGUGGCAAAGGUGGCUUGCUAAAAAGCUGAACUUUACUUUCUCCUACCGCUACGUUGUUCUCAAUCAAACGACUAUCGAAAAAUACGGGGCGUCAAAUAUCGAGUUCGGCCUUCGUCUAAUAGCCGAGAAGGAAGUCGAUGCAUUCGUCAACGGACUGACUGCCACUCCAGAAAGGAAGAAAAAAGUCGAUUUCUCGUACUUCAUUUGGACGGAGCCGUACGCGAUGGUGGUACCUAGACCAGGAGAAGAGCCUCGGCUCUUUGCAUUUGUCCGGCCCUUUCAAUCACUAGUGUGGCUACUGAUUUUGAUAACGAUGUUUGCCGUCGUGGGUUUCAUGAGUUUCUUUUCAAAGUUUUCCCUGAAAAUGGACAACAACGUUGCUGGACAUCGACGAGAGUCGGGGCAAACACAAACCAUGACAUUGUCCUUUUAUGCCGGUUCUUACUUUAUCUAUGUUUUGAACAUCGUAACCAAUCAAGGAGGAAACGUGAAUGCGACACGCCUUUCGUUCCGAAUUCUUGUGGGUGUUUGGCUGCUCAUCGCCACUGUAUUGGUCAACAGUUAUUCGGGCACCAUAGUUUCGUACCUGACUGUACCAAAAAUAAAACCUUCCAUCAACACGUUCGAAGAUUUAGCCAUCAGCAAAGACGUUGAACUCAUUAUCAAGAAGGACGUUGUUAUAGGCCAACAGAUAUUGGAAGCAAAAUCUGGCACUUUCAAGAUUCUCGGUGACAGAACUCGAAAUGAUCCCGGACGUUUGCUGACAGAUCAGACGGAAAUUGACAAAUUAUUAGCAAAAGGAAGUUAUGCUUAUCCAUGGAUUGUAUCGUUUUGCAAAUUUUUCAUUGCCGGCCAAUUUCAAAAAGAUGGAACCUGCCGCUUUGAGAUGUCGGAUCCAGUGCCUUUUCAAACGGCCUUUUUCUCCAUCGUUCUCCAAAAGAACAGCAAGUUUGCACGAGCAUUUAACGACGCCUUGAUGUUGCUCUGGGAAAGCGGGCAAAUUACCUUUUGGGUCACAAACGACAUUCCACGAGCACCAAAAUGCUUCGCUAAAAUAAACCCACGCGCAAAUUUAACUCGACAAGUUCCCAUCCAAUUGAAGGAUCUGAUGAGCGCAUUUUUCAUUUUUGCCAUUGGUAUGGGCCUGGCAAUAUUAGCUUUCGUCAUGGAAAACGUGAUUCACUUUAGAAAUGGCCGCAUGAUGAUGGUUGGUUAACUGCGAAAUCUCACCAAUAUCAGGUGCAUUUCGAGAUGAGUCGA